AUAUUGAGAGAAGACUUUGAGUUUUCUUUGGUCAUUCUUUAAUAUUUUUUGAGAGAUUGAUUAAACAAGAUUGAUUAAUCCUCCUUACAGUGUAAUUUUUUAUGUUACUUUGGUACGAUUAUUUUGUUUAUAAAAAAAUAUAAUUACAUUAGCUUGCCUAAAAAAUAAAAUAUUAAAGAAUGACCACAAAGUCUACCUCUACUGGAGUCUUCAAAGCACAAGUCAAUGAAUGAAUGAAAGAAUUGAAAUAUAUUGUGAAAAUAGUGUACUUAUUAGUGUAUUUAAAAAUUAGUGUACAGUGUGUGUAUAGACACACAUUUGAAACUCUUAUAUAAGGAAGAGUUUUCUCCUGCAGCAUUUUAUUAUCCAUUUGAAUUAGUUUUCAGCUCCCAGUAGAUAUGGCAUCAGCAUAUGCAGAAUCAAGUCCACUUAUAUCUUCCGAUCAUGUCAAGGCUGCUGUCACCGAGUUCGCUAGAGGAUUUAACCACAGUUACUAUCUACCCCUUCACUUAGCAAUACUGAAAGGCGACUGGAAAUCUACAAGAGCUUUCCUUGAUAACGAUCCAAGUGCAUUGACAGCGAAGGUUACGGUAUAUGGUAGGACUGCACUACAUGUUGCAGCUGUAGGAUCUCAAUGGAUCAUUGUUGAGAUGUUGUUGCAGCGUAUGCCUACAAAUAUUCUAACAGAAUUGGAUUUUAUGGGUUGUACUUGCCUUCACUAUGUUGCAUUGAGCGGCAAGGUAGAUGUUGCAAAAAAAUUGGUGGCUAAAAAUUCUUCUGUUACACAAGUUACUGAUUUUAAAGGAUUUACACCACUCAUCUAUAGUCUUACUUCUACAAGACACAGGGACAUGGUUUGGUAUCUUUUAACGAAUACGACAGAUGAGAGACCUGGGUGUCCAUUUUCUGGUCCUUCUGCUAGUCAACUUGUUGCUUUGCUCACUGCCUCUGGAUUUCACGAUAUCACCAUGCAUCUUCUGCAGCGCUACCCUGGUUUGGCAACAAUUUCUGAUUCAAACGGAAGCAUUAUACUCAAUGUUCUGUCAAAAUUACCAUCACACUUUCCAAGUGGAAACACGUAUGUGCCUCCCACUAUAUUCUUUUACAAACAUGCUCCUGUGGAACUUGAAUUAUUACCUAAUGAUCCUCAUUCUGGAAAGAUAAUAUCGAAUUUACUUCAACAUUUUUUUGCUCAUUGGAAGUCAAUUAGAGAUGCAAAGUUGACACAUCUAUCUGCUGUAAGAUUGACUGAAUUUGUUUUCUCACAAGCUUCAGCCAUGAAUGACUACCAAUUCUACGAAUCUUUUGUGAGUGCGGACAUUAUUUUCAACGCAACAUCAUCUGGCAUAGUUGAAAUUUUAAGCAUUUGUUUUCAGUUUUUUCCUGAAUUGGUUUGGACUCACAUUCCAAAUGAAGGGUAUCUGAUUCAAAUUGCCAUCAAGAAUAGACAAGAAAAAGUAAUUAGACUUCUAUCCGAGAUGCCAAUCAUUUGCAAGCUUUUAGUGUUAGCAAUAGAUGAAUCAAAUAACACUACAUCGCACCUGGCAGCAAGGGUUUGUUCUAACAAUAAAUCAACUUUAGGUGCAGCAUUACAAGUUGAAAGAGAUUCACAGUGGCUUCAGGAAGUAGAGAAAUUGAAUCACCCUUUCCAUAAAGUAGUUAAAAACAAAAAUGGUAAAACAGCCCGAGAAGUGUUCAUUGAAGAACAUAAACCAAUGGUUGAAGAAGGGAAUAAUUGGAUAAGGGAUAGAUCAAACGGUUGUAUGUUAGUGGCAACUCUUAUUGCGACAAUCACCUUUGCAGCUGCAAUAACUGUACCUGGAGGUAACAACCAAGAGAAAGGAAUACCAAUAUUCUUGCUACAUAAAAAAUUCACUGUGUUUAUUGUGUCAGAUGCAAUAGCCUUCUAUUGUUCAAUGGCUUCUCUUAUGAAUCUUUUACCAGAGACAAAAGGACCCAUCAACGAAGAAGGUAUUCAAACUGAACUUGUUAUUAGAUUAAAGCUCGGUUUGUAUUAUUUGCUUAUUGCCUUAGUGGCAACAACGAUAGCGUUUGCUGCAGCUCUGUCUAUGCUUCUAGAGAAGAGAUUUAAAUUUUCUAUAGUUUAUAUUUCUUCUCUUGCUUGUCUUCCACUUCAUUAUGCUACAAGUGUUCUAUAUCCUAAUUUGAGGAGAAUAAAGCUCUUGCAAUCUAUCGCAGCAUUUGUCUGAAUCAUGUAUUAUGAAGCACAUUUGAACAUUAUUUUCUUUCCUAUUUUUUAACUUUAUAUUGUAGUUUUUUACUCUUCAUCUCAAGUUACUCUUAACUUUUGCCAAA